GCGAAGAUGGAAGAGCCAAGUAGGCUCAAUCUCAUCCGACACUGAAUGUAUCCCACCGAUGGUAAACUGCAAGUCUUCGUAGAACUUCGCCGUUGCUCGAAUGUCACUUGAGCUGAGGGCCGGCAUGACUUCUAAGCCGAGGAGAUAGCGUCGAGUGCCAUUUUCUUGCUAAUGUACGGACAAUCUGAUAACGACGGCAUCACAUGCGAUUGCCCAUAGGCCUUAUUGUCGCAGUUGAAACGGAUUCACGCUUAUCCCACAUCGUACAACCACUUGGAGAGCUGGCGCAUUCGAGAUUGCGACGCGCGCUCAUUGGUUAGCCUUGGCUUAUGAAUCAUGGCGGCGCUAUCGAUAAGGCCCGGGUCAUCUUUCUUCGAUGUCGCCAUGAUCUAACUUACACCCAAUUAAUUAAUUGUCAGCAUCAACAGAUUCCAACAUGGGCUCGCAACAGUCGAUAGUCAACACCAACACCAUGGAAGGCAAAAUCGCCACAUCAGGUGCUCCCACCUCAGUCACAGCCGCGGCCGACGCUGUGUCCAAGCCCAAGCCCUGCUGCGUAUGCAAGGAUGAGAAGGCGAAGCGCGACGAGUGCAUGCUUUUCUCUAAGGCCGACGAUCCUGCUGCCGACUGCAAGGGCUUGGUAGAACAAUACAAGUCCUGCAUGGCCGGGUUUGGAUAUAAUGUGUAACAUCAAACAAAGGCGAUGAACGGAGCUCGUCAACGGAGCUGUGUACGAUUUGUACUAUAAGUGUACUCAACGGGCAAAACGAUAGAAGAGACGGCGCAAUAGACGCUGGGAUUUCUCACGACGCCCUGUUGCUAGCGCAGAAUAGCGCUACGAUUUACUCUGAACAACCACCGUCUGGCCACACCCUAUUCAAUCAUGACCAAUGCAUUCCUGGGCAGACUUGACCCUGUGGUCAUAUGCUUCAAGCAUCAUGGUCUCAAGCUCGUGCAUCUUGGACGACAUGGCUUUCG